UAAGCAAUCACUAUUUAUAGCUUUGAAUACUAGAGAUGGGCUCCACCCAGAACGACAGAUUCAAAGCCCCUUUAACUUUUCAAAAGUUGAGACUCUGAUCUGAGAUUUGUGGCUCAGCCACUAUCUCUGUAAUAGGCCUCAACUGGAACCAUAAAUCUGAACUGCCCAAAACACAGGGGCAGUUUGGAUUUGCAGCUCACACUUAUUUCAAUAAUGGGCCAAUUUUUAUUGCUUCCAACACCCACGUCACUGUUCUUCUUUCCCAGAAUAUAAAUUCUGGUGCUAUAGGAGAAACAUGAAAGCACAGAUUAAGUACAACACUUGAUGGAUAUGUUCUGCAGCUCAACUGGCUUUUGAAAACUGAUCCUAUUUUCAGGUAACAGGGGACUCAUCAGCGUUACAACACCAUAAAUAUUUCAUAUUAGAGCUACAGAAUUUUCCUAAAAGUUUGAAAAGACUUGCAAAAUAGAAGAGCUACAUUGCAGUCAAAACAGUCAUUUACCAGAUACUUUUGCUUUUAUCCCCUUCUGGGAUGAAGUGAGCACCUGCAUGAUUAAAUCUAAUGUAGUACAUUUGGUACACACCAUCAGGCCUAUCCUAUGAGCUGCUGAAUGCCUCUUGGCUAUCAAGGCUUAGGACCUUGCAAUAUUGACUUACGGGGAAUGUGAGGAUGCUAAGCACUGCCUGUCAGGUGCUCAGCUCUUUGCAGCUUUGGGUCUGGUAUCAGAGAAAAAUAUUUUACUCUACAGGUGCUAACUGAACAUACAAUGACUGUUUUGAAGGUUUAAAGCUGAAUAUGUUCGUUGCUACUGUUAUAUUUCAUGCAGUUAAUUAUUAUUUUCCAAUCCAUGAUCUUGCUAGUAAUUGAUGCUUAGAGAGGGGAUGAACUGUUUCUUUGGAGGAGUUGUCAGGUGGAUUGUUUUUAUUUUUUUCCAUACUAUUCUUCUGAUGUACUAGUGCUGGCAUUGGCCCAUGUCCAAAAAGUGAAGUAUGAGAAAUUGCACUGGUUCUCAGAAAGUGUCACACUUCUGUGUGAAUCACUGAAUGACUCAGGAUACAUAUACCGUUUCCAAAGAGUGCAAAUUCUCUGCAUUUCUGCCCCAUUUGUCCAGAUUAGAGGAAAGGACUUAGGCCAAGAUUUUCAAACUGUAGGCUCCUAUGUCUUUAUUAGGAUACAUAAAUAAGUAGCCUGAUAUAGGUGCCUGAAUAUGGUUGUAGAAACUUACCUUCAGGUUCAUAUUUUUGAAAAUCUUGGACUAAAUAUUUUAUUUGUAACGUUUUCAGGCACUGGAAUGCUAUGGUGGUUUUUUCAUAUGCCUGUUUUGUACAGCAGCAGUAACAAUAUAUUUAACUAACAGAUAACGUUAUGCAGGAGAGGCAUUAAAGGUGAAGUAUUAAAGGAUAGUUAUUAUAGAAAUGGGUGCGAUGUUUUGCCUCCCAAUUGAAAUAGCAGCCAGAAACAUUUAUCUCACUCCAGAAUACUGGAGCCACCAGCUUCCAGAAUGAAAGGAAAUCUUCUGUCAUAGGUAGAACUUGUACUCGACCUUUGUAUUUCCUUUAGCUCAAAUCUUCCUUUCUAGCACGUUAGUGCUGGAUGUCUGCAAGCGCACUAUCAUCCAUGUUCGCAUAAACAUGCAGAACACCUGCUUAUUCUGAUUCACCCAGUCCUCAUUCAGACUUUCCCAGUUUUUGACAGCAGACCUCAAUCAAAUAUUACAUGCUGUUAAUUUCCUUUCAGAACCAUGUAAUAACAUGCCUUACACCCAAUUCCGAACGUCAUUCAAGCAGUCCAGUCACUGGGAUAACAUCAAGAUUUUGUAAUUUAUAUAAAUGCAAUUAAUUUAUACUGCUUUACCCAAUUAUUAUGAAGGUGCAGCUCCAAUGGAAACUGGAAUAACUAAGUGGUGAAUCAGGCCUCUUGCUUUUUAAAAAUAUAUAAGGUCAUCUUUUGAGCUGUGUAAAUCGGCAUGGCUCCAUUCAUUUCAGUGGAGCGACACCAGUUCAGGUGAGGAUCCAGACCAUAGUUUCUACAAAGGGUUGAUUGUAUAUAAAACAGUACUUUACAUCAGCUAUUCCAGAUCCUCCUGAAAUACAAGGCUCAACAAAGUUUAUGGAAAUGUCUUAAAUGGACCACAGCUGAAAAGAUUUUCCUAGUGCUUUUCAGUGGUGUGGAUGGUUGCUAAAAAUUAGUUGGAAAUUUCAAAUUUUCUGUAGAGUCAAGGAAGAAAUGUGCUUGUUUGUCAUUGCACUUAUUGCAUUCUCUCUAAAAACCAGGAUUCCAGUCCACACCUACCCUCCAGCUAUGAACCAGCCCCCAAAAUCCUCCUCUGAACUGCACUUAGGCAAAAACACUUGAAGGUAUUAGAGAAACCUGAACGUUUCUUGUUGUCUUUUGUUACAGCUCUUCCUUCCUCCUUCUUUAGCUUAGCUGUUUUAGUGUAGGUGUUUCCUAUAGUUUGAAAAUACAAGUGAUGGCUCUCACUGAUACACACUGGAGUUAGACACUAUUAACAGCUGAAUCUUUUAAAUCAGUUCUUGCAAACAGUGAACUUUUUCUCUGCACUUGUUUUGGCAUCUUCGAGAUUAAGAAGUCACGCAGCUUGACAAAGCACUUUGCUCCUACAAGUCUUAACAGACCCACAGGGAUUUUUUCCCCCAUAUCUCCAUUCCAACACCUGUUGCAAAAAGGCUGGGGGUGGUCUCAAUAUAACUUCCCUCUGCCCCUCCUCCUGUUAAUACAUAGAUAUAUAAUAAAUUAUUCAAAACAGCCCCCAAAGCACUGUUUGUAAUGUAUGUAUAAUAUCCAGCUUGGAAGGUUUGUCACAUCUUCAGGUGUCUAGAAGUUCUAGGCUUUUUCCAGGUUUUCAUAUGUAUGUAUUUUAAAUCUUAAGUAUACUUGUAACUGAAUGGCUUUUCUAAAGCAAUCCGGGUAACUGACAAAAACUAAGACACAUUCAAAAGACUUUUAUCUGAAUGAAAUACACAACAAAGAUUAUGCCUUUAUAGAAAGCCUGCAGUAUCCUUGUGUUUUCUAUAAAAAUCCCAUAAGGAAAUGUGUCUAAAAAGGUUUUAGAUUACCCAGGCUAUCAUUUUUGCUAUUGCUUAUUAUCUGUACAUAUUUCAAUGUCCUUGGCUAAUCAGGAAUAUUUCACUGGCAGAAAAUAUUUCAUUCUGCGCUAGAGCAGUUAAAGGAGUGACAUGAUUACUCAAUCUCCACAAGGCAGGAAAUGGCAGGUUUUUGUGUGUUAGAGAUUUUUGAAACUAAAAAAGUAUUCCUAGUAGUAAGAAUCUGAAACAGAGUCCAUGGGUUUUACAAAACCCAGAGUCCUGCUGUGAAACACUGCCUUUCCAUUUGUUGUUGCUUCUGCUUUUGUCUCAUCUAAUGUAUCUUGCUAUCAGCUAUUUCUCAAAAGGUGAGGGUUAAGUAUUUGUUAAUCUACAAAAUUUCCCAACUAAAACUUUUCAAAGUGCAGUUUCCAAACAUAACAGGCACCUCCUAACCAAAGUCUCUCAUCGGCACUGCAGGCGGGGUUGUUAUCUUGUAAUAUUUCCCCCUUCUGCCCUUAAUGAACAGUUUGUUCCAUUGCAUUUCUUUUAUCAAACAUCUGGAAGCCAGACUUGUUUUAAAGAGACAUUUUAGUUCAUAUGACUUAUCCAGCUCCCUGUUAGGGAAAAAAGAGGAAGAAUGCAGUUAAAUCAGUGAAAUUACCACCUAUUUAAAGUACUCUAACUAACACAUUUUUGUAGACAGAAAUUCUAAAGAACAAUGUGCACCCACUUCGCACCAGAAUAAUUCACUCUGACAACAGAUUCUUCCUCUGUUCACAGCUGUCCCAAUGGGAGGAGCUGAAACCUGAACCAAAUCCUUAACUUGUAGCAGGGAUUGGAUCCUUCUUGCAAAGAGAAAGAAAACCCUCCCAGCAAAACAGGCUGAGUUUGUAAAAGUGCUUGAGCAAAUUCAGAAGUGAUUGGAUGAAAAGAAAACCUUAGCCCUCCCCUCCUGCACCUGACUAGUGGAUAUUUACAGCACUUUUCAAGGAGCCUCUCUGCGCUGCCACUACACAAUUUUACUGCAUGGAUUGAGCUGAGUAGACAAUACUAUAGGGACCAAUGUGCUAGCAGUGAUUCUGUGUGCUGCACACGAUCUGGGGACCGUUAUUUUAAACUGAAAGGAGAUUCUGGAAGAAGGAGAAAUUCUGCAUUCAAAAUGCCACGAUCUUUCCUGGUCAAGAAGCAUUUCAAUUCAUCCAAGAAGCCAAAUUACAGUAAACUGGACACUCAUACAGUGAUCAUUUCCCCAUACCUGUAUGAGAGCUAUCCAAUGCCUAUCAUACCACAGCCAGAGAUCCUGAGCUCAGUAGCUUACAAUCCAAUUACUGUGUGGACUACAACUGGGCUGCUACCAUCCCCAUUACCCAAUGACCUCUCUCCUCUUUCUGGAUACCCCUCAUCCUUGGGAAGAGUCAGUCCACCUCCACCCUCUGACACCUCAUCCAAGGAUCACAGUGGCUCAGAAAGUCCCAUUAGCGAUGAAGAAGAGCGAAUCCAGUCAAAGCUUUCAGAUCCCCAUGCAAUUGAAGCUGAAAAGUUUCAGUGCAGUUUAUGCAACAAGACAUAUUCAACUUUCUCUGGGCUGGCCAAACAUAAGCAACUGCACUGUGAUGCCCAGUCUAGGAAAUCAUUCAGCUGCAAGUACUGUGACAAGGAGUAUGUAAGCCUGGGAGCCCUUAAGAUGCACAUCAGGACCCACACACUACCUUGUGUCUGCAAGAUCUGUGGCAAGGCUUUCUCUAGACCCUGGUUACUUCAAGGACACAUCAGAACUCACACGGGAGAGAAGCCUUUUUCAUGCCCUCAUUGCAACAGAGCAUUUGCAGACAGAUCGAACCUGAGGGCUCAUCUGCAGACCCAUUCAGAUGUGAAGAAAUACCAGUGCAAAAAUUGCUCCAAAACUUUCUCCAGAAUGUCUCUUCUGCACAAACAUGAGGAAUCUGGCUGCUGUGUAGCACACUGAGUCAUGCAGUCAAUGUUGACCUGGACCCAAUGCAUUUCUCCACUCCUGUUGCAAAUGAUAAGUGGAAAACCAAAGGCAUUUUCUCUUCUGCUUCCUAACCUCAUCCCCUCACCCCACCCCACCCCACCCCAAAAGUGGAAGAACUUAUAAUGUCAGUACAAAUUAGCUUAAGUAUUUCUGCUAAAUUACUUAAGUGUGAAUUCUGAAAUAUGAGGGGGAAAGAACCAUGCAUGACAUUUCAAAUAGAUCAUAAGGAAGAAGCAUGAUCAGCCUUCUUCAGCAAUGAAGCCAAAUGUGCAUAGACUUUUCUUACUAAGAAAAGUUGCAAAGAUUAACAGUACAUCUCUGCCAAACCAUUUCAACCAAAGAAACAGUAUUUAAAGAGGAAAUAAUAAUAAACAUCCUACUCCAAGAGAAUUUGCCAGACAACAUUUAUCUCAGGUGCCUUAUAAAGUAUUUUAAGUUUACUUUAGUAAAUGUCUAAUAUUACUAGUUGCUGUUUUUUUUAAUUAUAAACUAAGUCCUCUAUUGAUGAUCUGAAAUGCUUUAAAACUGAAUAGUUCAAAGGGGAGGAAAAAACACAUAAGAGAAUGUAUGAAAAAUUAUCUGCCAUGUUUUAAAAGUUUGUGCCUUUAAAGAAGACUGUAGCUUCAAACAUUCCUGGUGCAUGCUUGACCCAUCUUUUAAUAUGGAAUAUUUCCUCUAAACUUUAAUUUUUUUUUAACGGGAAUAGUGCAAAAGAGGGGGUUUAUGGGAGUUUGACAAUGAUUUUUUUUUAAAAAACCUUUUUUGAAAUGCACAAAGGAAAUGCAAUAUGUUCAGCAGUGCCCCUCCAAGUGCCUUUUCUAUUAAUGGUUUUGUAAAAUAUGUGGACAUAAUGUAAAUAUUUUUAUUUUUAUAUGACUGAAUGUGUUGUGAAUGAAAGUGAAGUGUUGCCUAUAGCAGCAUCUAUAGGUAGCUUGAAGAAAGUGUGAAGUGAAUUUUGUUAUGUUGUUUUCUAGCCACUUUUUUACAAUAAACAUUUUUGAGUAAGA